AUGGAAGUUGAUUUCGAUAACUAUAGUAAUGAAAAGAUCCGGGAUGAACUUAUAUUGCGCGGUCUGGAUCCUGGUCCAGUCGUUGAAACUACGAGAAACGUUUAUGUAAAUAAAUUACGACGACUAAUAAAUGAGUCAAAUUCCAUGGAAUCAUCUCAAGGAAAUGAGUCAACAGCAUUGAGCACUCCAGAUGAUUACGGCUUUGAAUCUUCCGAGCAUAAUACUGAAGUGCAUAAAUCACAGGUCACAGAUCCUUUGAAAUAUGUUUCACAUGCUGCCAAGCACGAAGAAGCUGUUUUGUCGCAGGCGCAUCAUACACCACUCACUCCUUCUAAAAUACCUGUCAGGCAGCCAAAAUCACGUUUGGUUUUCAAUUCAAAUCCGUCAGAAAAAAAACAUACAUAUUCAAUGCUUAGAGAAUAUUCUUCAGAACUAUUUGAUAGUGCUAAGUGUGAGCUAACUGCUAACACACGUUUAAAUUGCGAGCCUAGUCAUAACCGUUCAAAUUUUAUUCUUCAAUCCGAAUCAGUAUCCACUUAUGAAUCACCUAACACUUCAAAACUGACCAAAUCAAAUCAGUUUGACAAACACUCCACUGCAUGGGAAGGUUAUCGAGUUACACCUACAAAAUAUUUUACUUCACUUCAAGAUAACAGAACGAACCAAGAAGUGUAUGAAUGUUCAGAUGAUGAGAUGUAUGGUGAAGAAAGCUCUCGUACUAUACCUUCAUAUUGGGAAAAUGAAUUCAAAGAUCUAACUGAACAAUCUUUACGAUCAAAUUGUUCUUCACGUGGUAAUCAAGGCCAGAAACUGAUCAAAGGAAAGUUUGAAAAUUCUUACAGUGAAUAUGGGAAUGGAAAUGAUAAGCUGUAUCAAGAUGUUCAGGAUAAAUCAGUUCCGCGAUCUUAUCCAAAAAUAGGUCUUACUCUUAUAUUCGGUAUUAUAUUCAUCACUUUCAUUUUCUUCUUCGCGCAGCAUUAUGUCGACGAACAGGAUGCGGGAAAUCGCGAAGAAAUUUGA